AUAUAAACAUUGUUUUGAAUUUAUUUAAUCAAAAUUAAAUACAUUUUCAAAAUAAACUUAACGUUAAUAUUAUAUAUUAAUACUUGAAUUCAAUCUAUUAUUUGUCGGAUAUCUUCACACAAAACAAAUAUAAUGUCACAACUGGUGCGACAAUUGUCAUCAUCGAGAUGUGUGAGCAAAUGGAUGUACUGUUUGUCAACCAAACGAUGGCUAUCGAAGAAGGUCUUCGACGACUCGGACCCUAAAACUGUGGAAAUCAAGAAAGAGUUGACAGACUUGAAGGACAAACAGCGUUACAAUGAGUACUCACAGCAAGAAAUGGGUUGUAUUUACGCCAAAAAGCCUCACAAAUAUCUUUGCAAAGAAGGAAAGGCUUACUUAUGGUGUAGUUGUGGUCGAAGUCAUCGACAACCCUUCUGUGACGGAACUCAUAAAAACCUUCACUUAAAGAUCCCUUUAAGACCCGUUCGAUGGGAGUGUACUGAGACUAAGGAAUACUGGUUUUGUAAUUGUAAGCAAACCACACACCGACCCUUUUGUGACGGAACUCAUAACAAUGAGACAGUCCAGUCGGCACAGUCUACAGUAAGGGACGCAAAUUCACCCCCUUUUGUCAAUACAACAAUUAAUACAAAAAGUUAAUUAAUAAACAUUAGGAUUGUGUGAUAUUUUAUAAAUUA